AUGUUGGCACCAAAGAGCCUCCUACUCGGGGUGGCAGCCCUUCUCCCUGCUGUUGUGUUCGGCAACUCUCAGUCCGACCAACAGAUCGCUUUCAUGCCAUCGCCACCGUCUUCUUCUUUAUCAGAGAAACCCCACCAUCCCAACUUGAAGAUCCAAGCCACCAGCAACAAUGGAAUUGCCUUCGAGAGAAUCACUAUGGCAGAGUUUCCGGAGUACGCCAUCCGAGUCAGAUCUCCAGAAGGACUAUGUGACCCUACCGUCCGUCAAUACAGCGGUUAUUUAGAUAUCUCGGAAACCAAGCACUUGUUUUUCUGGUUCUUCGAAUCCCGAGACCGACCCGAAUCGGACCCUGUUGUCCUGUGGCUCAAUGGCGGACCAGGUUGCUCCUCGUCGACUGGUCUCCUAUUCGAGCUUGGUCCUUGCAAUGUCCGAGACCAAGGUAAAGAUACCGAACCUAAUCCUCACGGAUGGAACAAACAAGCAAACGUCCUCUUCCUUGACCAGCCGGUAAAUGUGGGCUAUUCCUAUGCUGAGGGCAGCUCGGACUCCGUCAGCGACAGUGUGACAGCAGCCAAGGACGUGCACGCAUUCCUCCAGCUGUUCUACGCCCGCUUCCCCACCUACUUGAAAUCCGGCUUCCACGUAGCCGCCGAGAGCUACGGUGGCCAAUACGCCCCCAACAUCGCCACGCGGAUCAUCAAGGAGAACAACGAUUUACUCUCGAACGCCCAGUUAAGCUCGACGGACAAGGUCGUCAUCCCGCUCUCGACCGUGAUCAUCGGAAACGGCUUGACCGACCCCCUCGUCCAGUUUGCCAGCGUGCCCGAUUACGCCUGUGCCCCCUCACCCUAUGCGAUCUUCGACGAGACCACUUGUGCGUCCAUCCGCGCCAAAGUGCCCACCUGCGAAAGACUACAGCAGUUCUGCUACAGCAACCCUUCCCGAUUCACCUGCGUACCCGCAACUCUUUACUGCUGGAGCUCGAUCUACGGUCCGAUCCAAAACGCGAACAAGAACCCGUAUGAUGUCCGUCAAGGCUGCGAUCGCUCCGUCAACCCUCUCUGCUAUGACGAGAUGAAUUGGAUUGAAAACUACUUGAACCGAGAGGACAUCAGGAGCGAGCUUGGUGUUCCGUCUGACUUGAAAUUCGAGAGCUGCAACUUGGAUGUCAACCGAGCCUUCCAAAUGUCUGGUGACAACAUGCACAACUCCGCCAGCCUGAUCCCUGACAUAUUGAGCAGCGGAGUGAGACUGUUGAUCUACGCCGGAGAAGAUGAUUUCAUGUGCAAUUACCUCGGCAAUGAAAGAUGGAUGAUGGCCUUGAAGACCGAAUUCAGCGACGAGUUCCAACACAAAGCGCACAAAUACUUCAGUCGAUACUCUCUCGAUGGUAGCAACUCGACUGUUGUCAAAGACUCCAAGGGACACGUUGGGAUGGUCCGAUCUGCUGGACCAGGUGCUGGAAACUUCACCUUCGUUUCGCUAUACGAGUCCGGCCACAUGGUCCCUCAUGACCAGCCUGAAAUCGCAUCUGAGCUGAUCAACAAGUGGCUCCAGAACCAACCUCUACAUUAG